UCCUGGCACCCCCGCCCCCGCCCGCGCCCGCGCCCGCGCCCCGCGCCCCGCGCCCCGCGCCCCGCGCCCCGCACCCGCGGAACCAUGAGCGGCCGAGUCGGGGACCUGAGCCCCCCGCAGCAGGAGGCGCUGGCCAGGUUCCGGGACAAACUCCAGGACCUGCUGCCCACCCUGCCCAAUGCCGAUGAGUACUUCCUCCUGCGCUGGCUCCGAGCUCGGAACUUUGACCUGCAGAAAUCUGAGGAUAUGCUCCGGAAGCACAUGGAGUUCCGGAAGCAACAGGACCUAGACAACAUCCUCACAUGGCAGCCCUCGGAGGUGAUCCAGCUGUACGACUCUGGUGGUCUGACCGGCUAUGACUAUGAAGGUUGCCCCGUGUGGUUUGACAUCAUUGGGACCCUUGACCCCAAGGGUCUUCUCCUGUCAGCCUCCAAGCAGGAGCUGAUCCGGAAGCGCAUCAGGGUCUGUGAGCUGCUUUUGAGGGAGUGUGAGCUGCAGAGUCAGAAGCUGGGCAAGAAGAUUGAGACGGUGCUGAUGGUGUUUGACAUGGAGGGGCUCAGUCUGAAACACCUGUGGAAGCCAGCUGUAGAGAUCUACCAGCAGGUGAGAAUGUGUUGGAGCAGGAUCUUGACCAGAUUCAUCUUGCCACAGUUUUUUGCCAUCCUGGAAGCAAAUUAUCCUGAGACGCUGAAGAAUUUAAUUGUCAUUCGAGCCCCCAAGCUGUUCCCUGUGGCCUUCAACUUGGUCAAGUUUUUCAUGAGUGAGGAAACACAAAGGAAGAUAGUGAUUCUGGGAGGCAACUGGAAGCAGGAGCUGCUAAGGUUCAUCAGCCCUGAGCAGCUGCCCGUGGAGUUUGGAGGGACCAUGACUGACCCUGAUGGCAACCCUAAGUGCCUGACCAAGAUCAAAUACGGGGGCAUUGUGCCCAAGAGCUACUACCUGCGCAACCAGGUGAAGACACACUAUGAGCACACGGUGACGGUGGCCCGAGGCUCCUUCGUGCAGGUGGAGAACGAAAUCCUGUUCCCGGGCUGUGUGCUUAGGUGGCAGUUCGCGUCAGAUGGGGCAGAUAUCGGCUUCGGGGUUUUCCUGAAGACCAAGACAAGCGAGCGGGAGUGGGCAGGGGAGAUGGUGGAGGUGCUGCCCAUCCAGCGCUACAAAGCUCACGUGGUACCUGAGGACGGGAGCCUCACCUGCCUCAACACCGGCGUCUAUGUCCUGCGUUUUGACAACACCUACAGCCUGAUGCACACCAAGAAGGUCAGCUACACUGUGGACGUGCUGCUCCCAGACAAGGCCUCUGAGGAGAAGAUUCAAGGUCUCGAGGCAGGGAGACCACCCCCAGCGCAGUGAAGACCCUGGCUGCCUCUGUGCCUGUGCUCUUCAACCCCUCAGCACCCCCUCCCUGUCCCCUGCCCGCCUGGGUGGGGUGGUGUUUGGAGGAGCCACCCCCUACUCCCACCCCCACCUCCCCAUCUCACCUGCUUGUGGCCCACCUGGCACAGUGGCAGAGCAGGAAGGGGACAUCCAGGCCAUAGGCCACACUCAGGAUUCACACAGGAGACCCAAUCUCCCAUUCACAGAGACUGAGCUUGAGGACAUUGGGGAUGAACCAGGGGCCGCCAAGAAAGUGUCCUGCCCACAGGAGCUGCCCUUCUGUCACUCCUGGAAAGGCCUACCAGUGCCAGGACUCACCCAUAGCUAGUGAUCUUGCUUGGAGCCGUGUGCAUGAACCCCAGGCCAUGCAGGGAGCAGAGCAUCAAGUCUGAAGAACAGGGAAGCCCCGCUGUCUGCAAUCGGGGCUCAGCAGGGAUGGACAGGGCCAGCUGGAGGUGACCAGGUGGAGGGAUGGGGCCAGCUGGGUGGUGGAGCUUGUAGUUUUGGUUCUGGGAGGGCACCAAGGCUUUUUGGAGUUGUCCUCUUGCCUUUGGAAGGAAGAUGAGAAAUGGAGCAUGAGGCCCAGCAGGGCUGGCCAUCGGGAGGAAAAGCCACGCUCAGUCACACAGAGCUAAAUGGGUGAAGGCUGAAUCUCUCAGAAUUCUCAGUGACCCCGGCCUUCCCCUCCCCACCUGCUGUGAUCCAGCUGACAUUCAGCUUGGGUUCCUUCUGGCUAAGGACCAUGACUAUAGCAGAGCUGGAGAGAAGUGGAACCUACUGGAAUAAAGUAGAAUGUGCUGGGGUGGAGCUGUCAUCCCAGGGGCUUA